GCCUGUCCCUCCUCCAGCAGCAACUUGGCCAUCCCCAGCCUCGCCUUGCUCACCGCCAUGUGCAACGGCGUCGUGAGUCUCCUAUUGCUCAGAUUCACAUCCGCUCCCAUCUCAAACAACACUCUGGCAACUUCCAGUUGACCACCAUCCGCUGCAUAAUACAGCGCGGUAUUGCCGAGCGAAUCUCCGACGUUCACGUCUUCCCUCACACUGGAGGCUCUGAGCACCUGCAACACGUUCAUGGCACUAUAUUUCGCUGCAAUAUGCAGCAACGUGCUGCCCACCGGGUCUGUACCCGAUGCAUCAGCUCCGUGAGCCAAUAGGAUCUUAAGCAUUUCCGCCUCAUCGGCCCGAGCGGCAUCGAACAGCGGCUUCUCGCUGUGACGGACGUCCGAGUUCAAGUCCGGCUCAUAGCUCAGAACGAAGCCCAACACCGACAGCUGAUGACUGCGAAGCGCUGCUGAUAGUAGUCGCCGCCAGAACAGCUCUGAGAUCUGCUCCGCACCUUGAGGGCUGCUCAACACAGCGGACAGCAGCAGCUCCGCGACUUCCACAUGGCCGUGCUCAAGUGCCUGUUCACACGGCGUCUCCCCGAAGAAGCGGUUGGCUAGCACUAAAUCGACCUCGACACCCUGUUCUAGAAGACUCGCAACUCGGUGCUCAUCCCCCGAUGCGCUAGCAGCCAACAGCGCGGACGCAGUGUCCUCCAGCGGGUCCUCACGCCCGUCGCUCCAGUGCUGGGCCAGUGCCAUCUUGCGCUUCAACAAUGAACCUACUUUUGGAUCAAGUUUGCAAUUCUGAUUCCAUGGAAUCAGUUUUGAAACACGUAUACUUUGUGCAGUUUGAAGAGUACAGUGUAUACUCAAGUAUACGUACUUGGGGCCACUGCUGAAAAAUGCCCAAGGUGCUGCUAUGUGGCGCCGUGCAGGGCCACUGGGAGCUGCUGUUUGAGCGCGCGCGGAAGCUAAAUGCAGCCGCCAAGGACAAGCCGUUUGAGGCGCUUGUGUGUGUAGGCCGCUGCUUCCCUCUGCCGGUCGAGUACUUGACGGGAGGCGGGAAACAGACACCGCUGCCCACGUAUUUCCUACCUGCACACGAGACGGCACGUUCAUGGCAAGAAGACGCGAAGCAAACUGAUAUUUUUGACGAACUAAACACCACAGAACAACUAUCGGAGCCUGUGGAGGUUGGCGAGAGUUUCUUCUGUCUGGCAGGCGCAGGAGUUGCCACCAUUGCAGGAUUGAAGGUAGCUUAUGUGUCGGGUACGGAGACUCAUGGCCAAGAGGAUGAGAAGGGGAAGCUGCUGACGUACUCGAAGGAUUCUGUUAAUGCACUGGUGCAACAGCUUCUUGCCAAUGGAGACCAAGGAGAUGUGGACUUCUUGUUCACAGCGGAAUAUCCUACAAGUUUCCAGCUUUUAUUGCCAGAGCAGCAACUUCCUCACGGUUUACAGGCGAUGCGUGGCAGUACGGCUAUCAAGGAGCUUGUACAACAAGUGCAUCCCAAAUAUCACAUUACGAGUCGCGGAGGUGACGGUACUCGUGGAGACGUUUUCUACCAACGCCUGCCGUAUGUGAGUGAAGUGACCGGCACUGGACGAAAGCAACUCACGCGUCUCAUUGGUCUCAGUGGUGUGAACAAGCUUAAGGACAAGACUCGCAAGUAUUUGCACGCACUGCAGGUCGUGCCGUUUGCACAGCAGAGCGAAGUCGAACGUCAGCAUGUGGAUAUCCCCGCAGGCACGACACAGAACCCAUAUCUUCACGCGAUGCUGGACGAAGCCACGCGAGCAGGAGAGCCCGAUGCAAAGCGAAGGAAAGUCGACCCCGCUGCGACUGGCGGUCUCUCUGCCGAGCAGAUCGAGCAGCUCACAGCGCAAAGUCGAGGUGGCGCGCAGUUCUUUUACGACCAGAGAUUAGCAGCUAAAGGACAACGCAAAGGCGGUCUGCUCCCAGGACAGCAGCAGAGAAAUAACCGCCCGCUUGUGGAGGAUCGUACCGAGUGCUGGUUCUGUCUGUCGACGCCGACACUUGAGCGUCACUUGAUCGUGAGUAUCGGUCAGGAGGCUUAUCUUGCCAUGCCUAAAGGUGCAAUCUGUGGAGAUCAUUUGCUUAUUGUGCCAAUUGCACACGAGGCAUCAACGCUUAAGCUCAGCGACGAUACGUGGAGAGAAAUGGAGCGCUUCAAGGCGGCGCUACGUCGCUAUUUCGCUUCGCAAGACAAGGAGUUGCUGGUAAUUGAUCGAAAUGUGGCCACAUUGGGCGCCACACACUGCCACUUGCAGGUUGUGGGCGUGCCAAAGGACAAGGCAGGCGCUGCUCGCCGCAUCUUUGAGACGGAGGGCGAGAAGUACCACGUCAAAUUUCACGAGUUGCUACGAGAUGCAGACGAGAAGACAGACGCUGCUACGGGGCCACUGGAGUUGCUGCGUCAACAGACGGACGAUAAGCCGUUCCUGUAUGUCGAACUGCCUGACGGACAAGGCGGCACUACACGGCUACUGCACCAUGUUGAAGGCAAACACUACGUUCAGUUCGGUCGACAUGCGUCGUCGUGUUUGCUGGAGAUGCCGCGACGCGCCAACUGGAAGUUCUGCGUCGUGCCAAAGCCUGAAGAGGUGAAACUCACGCAGACGUUCAAGAGCCAAUGGAAGCCGUACGAUUUCACACUCGAAGAAGCGGAUGAAGAGGAGUGAUAGGGACAAUCAGCAUGGAUGUAUUGAUACGGAGCUGGUUUACUACUGCUACGAUAGCUUAGGGGUCGAUAAUAUAGAAAUACGGCGGGAGGGUUCCUCCCAUUCUUCUCUGUAAGUCAGACGAUCGCUUCACUUCUU